AAGGCGGUGUAUCAUUCAUGAAGGCAAAUUUGAGCUAGUUACUGAGAAAUGAAGGAGUGUUUUUCGUUGUACAAAUUUGUUCUUUCCAUGCUUUUUAAGUGAUUUGAGGCCCACGACAUCCUUUCAGAGUCUACGUUUCAACUAGCCAGAGGUCGGACGCUGUGGCCGCCGCCAUGAUGGAGCUGAGCCACAGCCUGACCCUGAACGAGGAGGCCCUGAAGCAGAUCCCCGAAGCCAAGCGGCCCGUCUUCGUCUUCGAGUGGCUCCGCUUCCUGGACAAGGUCCUCGUCGCGGCGCAGAAGUCGGACAUCAAGGGGUGCCAGAAGAAGCUGGUGGAGCAGCUGACACAGCAUGUUCAGGAAUGCCCCGGUCCUCCGACAAGGAAGCUGAUUGGCCGCUGUCUGGCCACGCUGUUCAGUGUGGGAGACACCUUCCUGCUGUUUGAUACGGUCAACAAAUGCAACGACAUUCUCAAGAACAAAGAUGACUCUCCAAGCUUUCUUCCCACCAGACUAGCUGCUAUUUGCUGCGUGGGCUACAUGUAUGAAAAACUUGGACGAAUGAUGGGGCGAUCAUACGAGGAAACAGUGCAGAUUCUUGUAAAGUCUCUACGCAAUGCAGAAUCUCAAACUCGUAUUGAAAUAAUGAUUACUCUGGAGAAGGUUUGCUGUGGUAUGGGAACUGCUAUUUCCAAUGUGCACAAAGAAAUAUACAAAGCAGCAAAGCUUUGUUUGACUGAUAGGGUGAUGGCAGUGCGCUGUGCUGCUGCAAAAUGCUUGCUUGAGAUGCUAAACCAUGCUCCUUUCCUCUACCUGACCGAACUGGAAAGUCUGGCCACACUCUGCUUUCGUGCUUUUGAUGGGUCCAACUAUGAAGUCCGAUGUGCUGUUGCAAAAUUACUCGGAGCACUUGUGGCUACCACUCAGCAGCCUCAGAAGGGUAACCAGUCAGCACAAUCCAACAAAGCUGUUAAAUCAAUCUCCCUUGAUGAAGCUCUUGGAGUGUUGAUGACUGGUUUUCUACGGGGAGGCACUGGAUUUUUGAAAGGAACUGGUGAAAUGAUUAAGGGUAGUUCUGGGGUUAACAGAGAAGUCAGAGUAGGUGUCACCCAUGCAUAUGUGAUAUUUGUUCAAAUUUUGGGUGGAACUUGGCUGGAGCGCAAUCUAGGAAUAUUUCUGAGCCAUGUGCUUGAUCUGGUUGCGAAUCCCAAAGCCGCAUCUUCUCAUGUGGAUGCUGUCUAUUCUCGAAAGUGCAUUAGCUUUAUUCUGAGGUCGGUUCUCGGCCGCAUGCUUGGAGAAAAAGCUCAGGCAUCGGCAGCAAAGGAAAUAGCACAAAUUAUUGUUAAGCAAAUGAAUUCUAUUGACUUCAACCCAGAAAAUGCCAAAGACUGCAAUCAAGAAACAUUGUUUGGACAGCACCUUCUUGUGUGCGCUCUCCAAGAGAUUGGGGCCUUAGUGCUAGGCCUAGGGACUACAGCCAGCAUUUUAUUGACUGAUCAGUCACUCAACCUGGUGGAUGCUAAUAUGGCAGUUUUGGUACACCCUUGUCAAGCUGCCAGACUGGCUGCCGCUUGGUCUCUGCGCUGCAUUUGUGUGGCAGUUCCAAGUCAAAUCACACCUCUCAUUGACAAAUGUGUAGAAGGCAUUGAGAAUAUGAGGACUUCUCCAGAAGCUAUUGGGGGUUACAGUGCUGCUCUUGCGGCAGUGUUGGGUGGCGUUAGACUUUCGCCUCUUGGUGUACCCCAUACAAAGGGAAAAGUUAUUUUCAACACAGCAGAAGAGCUGCUCCGCAGUGCAAGUCAGAAUAGCCGCCUAUCUCUGAAUCGAACUCAGGCUGGCUGGCUACUAAUCGGAGCCAUUAUGACGCUCGGUGUCCCUGUUGUCCGUGGGCUUCUUCCACGCAUGCUACUUCUGUGGAGAAACUCCUUCCCAAGGUCAAAUAAAGAAUUGGAAUCUGAGAAAGCUCGAGGUGAUGCUUUCACUUGGCAGGUAACUUUGGAAGGACGUGCUGGUGCUCUCUCAGCAAUGCACAGCUUUGUUCAAAAUUGUCCAGAGUUAGUGACCGAUGAUAUCAUAAGACGUCUGCUGACACCAAUAGAAUCUGCUCUUGCUAUGUUGACAAAUAUAUCAAAUGUUUUGAAGACUUACGGUCAGCAUCUGAAAGCUCCCUCAGCCAUGGUGAGGCUUCGUUUGUAUGAGACUCUUGCUCUACUGCCUCCUCAAGCCUUUGAAGGCUCUUACACUCAUCUCCUAAGAAUGCUGGUCGCAGAGUUUACACUAACAGAAAAUCCUGCUAAUACAACUACCUCAUUACUGCGAGCUGUUUGCCAUGCAGAUGACUCAGUAAUUCUUGGAACCUGGCUCCAAGAAACUGAUCACCGUACUAUUGAGGAUCAGAUGGAGCCAAAUCGCAGGGCAGAUGGGGAGCAUCUCCAGCCAAACAGUGCUGCAGGAUCUGGUGCUCUAGAACAUGACUCAUGCUGUCUGUAUCGACCACUUCUCAGCGGUGAGUUUGUUCCGGGUCCUCUUCCCUUGGGGGUGGCAGUGAUUGACCAAUCAGUGGCCUUGUUUGGACAAAUCUUCCCAAGAGUGGCAAACAAACACCGCCUCCAGAUGCUGGAUCAUUUUUCGGAAUGUCUCAAGCAUGCAAAGUCAGUCCGUCAGGAAGCAGUGCAAAUGAAUGUGUUUACGGCUGUUUUGAGUGGCCUUAGAGGUUUGGCAGAAACCAAGAGUAGUUUUGGACAGGAAGAUGUUAGGAAGGCUGCAACCAAUUUGAUAAUUAGUUCUCUUACAAGUGGCAACCCAAUAUUAAGGUGUGCUGCUGGUGAGUCUCUUGGUCGCAUGGCACAGGUCGUCGGCGAUCCCCGCUUCACUGCUGAAUUAGCGCAGACUAGCUUUGACCGCCUCAAGUCUGCCCGUGAUGUUGCUAGCCGCACAGGUCACUCUCUUGCCCUGGGAUGUUUACACCGUUAUGUGGGUGGUAUGGGUUCAAGUCAGCAUUUGAACACAAGUGUGAGCAUUUUGCUUGCUUUGGCACAGGAUUCAACUUCACCGGUAGUCCAAGUGUGGUCGUUACAUGCCCUUGCAUUAAUAGCUGACUCUGGAGGCCCUAUGUUUAGAGGAUAUGUUGAGCCAACAUUAUCAUUGGCUCUAAAAUUACUCUUAAAUGUGCCUCAGUCUCAUGUUGAUGUCCAUCAGUGCAUUGGCAAGGUUUUGUCAGCAUUAAUUACAACCGUUGGACCUGAGCUUCAAGGGAACACUACCUCUAUUUGCAUGGCCCGUUCUUCUUUCUUGUGUGCAUGUGCUAUCAUGCAGGACCACCAGGACCCUCUUGUUCAGGCUGAAGCCACUGGAUGCUUGCAGCAACUUCAUUUGUUUGCUCCAAGACAUGUAAAUUUGUCGUCUUUAGUGCCCACUCUAUGUCGUACCUUAUCUAGCAACCACCUUCUUCUGCGUAAGGCAGCCAUAUCUUGCUUACGUCAGCUGGCUCAGAGGGAGGCAAGAGAAGUGUGUGAACAUGCCAUGACACUGGCUAGUGAGAGCAGAGACGCCAACACUGUCGAGGGCCUUGUGAUAACUGAAAGCGGCCUCCCUGGGGUGCUUUUCAGUAUGCUGGAUACGGAAACUGAUGCCCGCCUCAUGAAAGACAUCCACGAUACUUUGACAAGUAUGCUUCAGAUGCUGGCUGCAGAUAACCUCAGCCAGUGGUUGGGCUUGUGCAAGGAUGUCCUCACCGUUUCAACUGAUUCAAGUGGAGGUUUAGAAGACCCCACCGGAGGUGUUUCGCUGGGUGGGUCGAGCGAGGCUGCGGACGGUGACCGUGGAGAGGAUGAGGACGAGGACGACGACCAGGAGGAGUUCCACGCCGCGGAGGAGCAGUCACACCUGACGGUGCAGCCCCGCUGGCCGACGAGGGUGUUCGCUGCGGAGUGCGUCCGCAGAAUCAUCAUGGCGUGUCACGGCGCACGCACCGCACACUUCGACCUCGCCCUGGCCAAGGAGCAGCAGUUCACCAAGAGCAGGGGGGACUAUUUGGUGUUGCAUCUCUCUGACCUUGUUCGGAUGGCGUUCAUGGCUGCCACCAGUGAUUCAGACCCUCUACGCUUGGAAGGUCUAAAGACCCUUCAGGAAGUUAUUGAUAAGUUUGCCUCUGUUCCUGAACCUGAAUUCCCUGGACAUCUUUUAUUGGAGCAAUUCCAGGCUCAAGUUGGAGCAGCUCUUCGACCAGCUUUUUCUCCAGAGACACCAUCGCAUGUGACUGCAAUGGCUUGCCAAGUUUGUAGUGCAUGGAUAGGAAGUGGAGUGGCUCGAGACCUGAAUGAUCUGCGUCGUGUUCAUCAGUUGCUUGUUUCAUCUCUCACAAAAUUGCACAAAGGCUCAAACAGUGGAAAGCUUUACAAUGAAAGUCUGGCAACUCUUGAAAGACUUGCUAUUUUGAAGGCUUGGGCAGAAGUGUAUAUUGUUGCCAUGGUGGGAAAUGUAAGUUCUUCUGACCAGUCCAGACUGAAAGGAAAGUCAGACGCUGAGGAAGAGGAAGAUAGUGACUUUGGUGAAUUUAAAUCACAAGGCGAAAGUUUGCUCACUUUGGUUCAGCCUGAGUUGGUUAGUCUGUCGCGGCAUUGGUUAGCAGCACUGCGCGACCAUGCUCUUCUUUCACUUCCUCCUGAAUUUGCAAGUCAGCUUCCACAUGAUGGAGGGGCAUUCUACACUACGGACACUACCGAGUCCUCCCGACCCCAUUAUUCAGCAUCCUGGCCUCCAAUACUCCAUGCUGCAGCAUUGUGGCUUACUGCUGGAGGCUACAAAACCAAUGACUCCCAGAAAGCCAACAACAAUGCUAAGAACAGCAGUAACAAUACAAAUGAGGGCAAAUGCUCUGUUGAUUCAGCAUCAGAUAGGUUUCACCUUUUAUUUGGUAUAUGUAUGGAAGCAUUAUGCUGCCAACGCUCUUCUGAGUCACAAGAAAGUAUUUUGACUUGUCUCCGGGCUCUGUACACACUGCUUGAUUCCUAUUGGGCGAGAGAAAUUCUUGUUGCUGAUGCAUUGCUACCAAUUGAACUCUGCAAUGUGCUGCACAGGUCCCUCCUCACGAGGGAAAGUUUUCCUGCUCAACUUGUAGUGAUGGACAUUUUGAAGCAAGUCAUUAAAGCGGCUGGAGAGAGCUUGGAAUCCAAAAAGAAGAAGCUACAAAAAGAAAUGGCACCAGCCAAUCAGGGAGAGACUGUUCAGGCUGAAGUCGAUUUGCUUGGUGAGGGUAGCAGUUCUGGUGAGAUUACACCUGGUCAAUCUCUGGUAUUUGCUGCCUUAGAGGUGUGCCUGUGUCUGUUGGUUCGGGCUCUCCCCGCUCUCAAUCCUACACCAAUUGUCUCACCAGUAUCCUUAGCUCGGCCUGGCCAACCUCAUUCAGCUGAAUGUGGGCAACUUGUUGCAUCCGCUUUGAAUGUUAUGGAGGAGUUGCCAGGCCUUUGCUCCCCAAACGGUGCUGUGGCUAUAUUACCAACUGUUUUGUUUCUGACAACUGGUGUCAUGAGAGAGUGGGCCACCAAGAAUGUGACAGACAGUACGGUUGUUGCAACUGGAACUCCUGUAUCUGCUGCUCUAAGGUGUUUGCGUACUUUGUGCACCAGCCGUUAUUGUAAGGACGAACGCUCCCAGCUAGAAUGGAAAAAGUUACUCAUAAGUGCAUUGGCUAAGGUCAUUGAUCUGGCAAAAACAGGUGAGAUGAGUCCAACAGUAAUUUACUGUUCUUCACCUUGUGCUUUGAUUGAAUAUAUGCAUUUUGUAAUUGUUGUACAAUUUGCAGGUCCAGAAGAGACAAAGCUCGAUGAAGCAACCAUGCUGCUUGCAAUUGCUGUCUUUGUUCGACAUGCUCCUGUAGAAGUUGUAUGUGCUCCCAAUAUAUUAUUUCCCUGCAUAAAUCAAUUCAGACACUGCAUGCAAAGCCAAGAUCUUAUGGUCCGAUUAAAAUGCUUGCAAACUUUGCGCUCUUUAUUUGCACAUCCUGAGCGAAAUGUUGCUCACUUUUAUAUAAACAUGUUAGCACCUCGUGUAAUGGAAUAUUUAUACUCUGAAGAAAGCAAGACCCCAAGAUCUGAUGUAGAAUUGACCAUUAUACUGGAGUGCAUUCAAGCUGUGGACACCUUGAUCUCUCAAACCGAAACCAAAAACCGUAUUCAAAUGCUUUCAUUGUUGGUACCAGUAUUGAUAAAUUUCCUUCUUGAGGGUCCGGCACUAAAGGAUGCAAGCAAGCCUUGCCAAACUUUACAUGAACGCUCUCUUCAGUGGCUCAUGAAAAUUGGGCCUCAGUAUCCUCAGGAGUUCAAGUGUUUGAUUGGGACCUCUACUGAGAUGAAAACCAAGUUGGAAACAGCUAUACGGAGCAGUCAACAGGCACAGCAGAGGUCUAAAGUGGACGGAUCAUCUGUUAAGCCACUACCAUCUCAGACUCCAACGAUAAAGCUCAAGACUGACUUCAGCAAUUUUACCGCUUAAAUUGACAGUGCAGGUGCAUUUGUGUGGGACUGUCUGUGAGGUUUCAAUAUCAAACACACUGUAUUCUUCUUGUACAAACUUUAUUUAGACUUAUUAGACUUGUUUGGUCUUCCCCCACUAGACUACCUGAUGCACAUUCUGAUGUGUUCCUUUACCUCCCAGUGGAUUUUGUCUUUUAGAGCUGUGAAACGAUAAUAUCGUAUCUGUCUCUCUCUCUCUGUACUUCCUUGAUUUCUACUUAUCAAAAAUCUUGUACAUGUGUAGAUCUUGCAAUAACAGUGACAGAGUACUGUGUCUACCUUUUGUUAUUAUCAACUACAGUCAUCGUGUAGUCAACAAUUAGUGAUAUUUAUUUCUAUGUGAUAGCAGUGAACUGUAAUUCUAUGACAGGUAGUAACUCGUGUUGUUUUUUUUUCUAGGGCAUGUAACAACUUUGAAUCAUCUAACUAUGUUAAAAAUUAGAACUUUUUUAAUAUUAAUAAUUUUUACAUUUUAUUUAUGCGACUUGCUAUUGAAAGACGUAUUACUCACCGUACAAAGUUUUAUCAUUUUACUGGAAACAAUAUCAGUAUCAAACAGACUUUAUUCAGUCAAAUUAUUUAUUUUCUUGUAUAUCAUAGAUUUAAUGUUUAGACAAUAUAGCUUGAAGGACUGGUGAUAUUUUUGUGUGAAAAUGAGGUUGAGAUAGGUAAUAAAAGUUUUAUUUGCUUUACA